UGGAAGAAAAGUUUCGCUGGUCUCUUCUGCGGUGCAGCAGGGAAAUUAGUGCUCAUUUUUUAUACAACUUUAAUCCAUCAUCGACACAUGCAUUGAUUGCACAAAAGUCACCGAAGCUUCCCAUCGAGCCGGCCGUGUUUACGAACGUUUUUUUCCCGUUCCGAUUUUCUACCUUUUCUGCUGCUGCUGCUGCUGAUCCCUCCGAGGUGCGGAAGAAGCGAAAUGAGCUCGACGACGAUUCCCACUAUCUGCAAGGACCUGGACGGUGACGAUCGAUGGCUGAGCGUACACAAGCGCUUCGUGCAGGAGUGCAAGGAAAAGGACCCGGACGUGAUGUUCAUCGGCGAUUGCAUUCUGGAGUCGCUGCAGUUUACCGAAUUUUGGAAUAGUCACUUUGUGCCGAUGCAUUGUUUGAAUUUUAGCAUACGGAACGACCGGACCCAGAACGUGCUCUGGCGGCUGCAGAAUGGAGAGCUGGACAACGUGAAACCGAAGGUUAUCGUGCUGCACGUUGGGACGAACAACAUUAGCGACAGUGCGGACGAAGUUGCCGAAGGGGUGCUAGAGGUAGCCAAGACCAUUCGGAACAAGCUGCCCGAUGUGUACGUGGUGAUUCCGACCCUUCUUCCCCGCGGGCACCAACCAAACGCGCUGCGAGACAAGAACAGCGCCGUCAAUCAGCUGCUCAAGGAACGCUGCGUCGGCAUGAACAAGGUCCAGAUCGUGUGCGUCGACACCGGCCUAAUACAGAGCGACGGCACCAUCAGCCAUCACGACAUGUUCGACUAUCUGAACCUGACCAACGUGGGCUGCAAGAAAGUCUUCGAACCGGUUUGGGACCUGCUGCAGCAGAUAUUAACCGAAAACGAAAAGGAACGCGACCUUACACCGUCGGAGUGAACUUCUUGAAAGCCUUCACAGCCACAGCGACACAUUUGCAUGCGUAGAAAAGCAGCUAGGGAUUUAUUUUGUUCGCUGCUAGUUGUAGGAAUAAAAAAUAAAAAAAAAACACCACACUCUCACACACAUAUACAUUCCCUUUGAUUGUAGGAAGGCUUAUUCAAAUGCGUUGAUUCAUGCGCUAGACUUAUGAUGGAAGUUCAUAUGUUUAUCAUUAUUGUACUCACAUUGAUAUUAUUUAUUUCACGUAUUUGAUUAUUUAUUAGGCGUAUAAUUAUAGUUGUGUAGCUUUAUACUGAUGAUGGCAAAGAUUUAUUCGCUAGUAACGUAUUUAUAUUCGUAGGCAUUAAAAGGUAGCUUCCAAAUAUGUUUCGCUUUACCUUCAUUCCAAAUCAAAAGCUUCUAAUUGCAACACAAGAAAUUGCACCCGUACUAGACUAGACACUUAAGACUAACCAUUCCGUAGACUGUCUUCUUGUAAGUAGUGAUUCUUCAAAACCAUUCCACACCUUUUACCUCACACAAGUACGAUGAUACGGAUUCCUGUCACUCGAAACGUUAGAAUUUACUCAUGAUCUCAAACUUGAUGAACUGAAAUCUACGACGAAAGAAAAA